GACCCCUUCUACAUCCUCUCGCUCCUCUUCGUGGCGAUCGUCUUCGACGGCAAGCUCCCGGAGGGAGUACUUGAAGAAGAACCGCAUGAGUACGAGGGCGAGGUCGAUGGAGGAGACCAGGGCGAGUACCUGGCUGAAGAUGAGCCCAAUGCGCUGGAUGAUGAUGCUGGCGAUGAUGAAGAAGAGCUUGUUCCCGACGAGGGACAGGAACCUCCAGAGGAGGACUCUGCAGUAGAUGACUCUGCUGCCGCUAUUGUCGCCGCUGCCCAGGCCCUCACCGUGACUUCUAAGAAGCUGGCAGGACUGGUUCAGGGUCGCGGCUUCUACAACGUCGACGCCAAGGGCAAGGGUCGCUCGGGCAAAGGACACGGCGGGGACAAGGGCAAGAGUGGCAAAGGGAAAGCCAAGAGCAAGGGACGUGGCGGUCCUAAAGGAAAGGCUCCCGCCCGGAAGGGCGGUGGCAAGGCUGGAAAUGGUCAGGACCGUCAGCAGCGACUUCGCGGAUCCCUUUGCCUAGGCUGCGGCUCCGCUGAUCACUGGAUCCGUGACUGUCCUCAC